GUGGUCCAACCGUAACAACCAUCAUUACCAUCAGACGUCCAUCAACAACUACUGGCAAUCCAUCAACUACGCGAAGAUGUACCAGCAGUUCUACGAGAACAAGCCGUAUUUUCCGUACGCGGAUUGUUUAGAUUCUGCACAGCAAUACGAGACAUUUUUAGCGAACUAUUCGAGCGGAAGGUAUUGGCCGAUGCACGCGAUUUCCUCCAAUGCGAACGUCCUGCCGUUCGCCUAUCAAACGUAUUCGAAGAGGAAGAGCAGUCAGGUGCGGUUCACGGCCGUGCAGAUCUCCGCUUUGGAGAAGAGGUUCAGUUCGAACAAGUAUCUGAGCCCUGAGGAGAGGAGGAUCCUCUCGAGCGACUUGAAACUAUCCGACAGACAGGUGAAGACGUGGUUUCAGAACCGCAGAGCAAAGUGGAGACGUAGCAACUGUCCAUCGUCGAGCAACGAGAAGAUCCAGGAUUCGGACAGCGACCUGGAAGAGCUCCUCGUGUGCGAUGAAAAGAAAUAGUUUAGCAUCAAUAUAGAUAUAUCAGUCCCACUUGAAUUAAUUAAGAAACUUUGAGACAUUGUGUUUCCCUAUACUUGUCCCUUUCGUGCACACUAUAAUUUAGUGAUGGUAGCGAGAGGGGUAGUGUGUGUGUGUGUGAUAUUAUUACCUUCUGCAAACUGGAAAGCAGCGCGCGCGCGGAAUCAUUUACAUUGUAUAAUUUAUGGGUUUCGGCAGCGCCCGAGCACUUGUAAUAAUUACGGGUCCAUCACGCCACGUGCAUCAUCCAUCAUCGUUUCCAAAAGCGAAAAUAAUAAUGUAAAUAUAAUGUAAUAUGUAAAAAGGUGAGGAGGAUGAGAAGGAAAGAAGUUUUUUUGGGCGUCGUUGUUGGAGCCUUUAAUUGCGACCGCAAUUACCGUAUUCUCGAGGAUUCAACUCAACAGCGCGUUUUGAUUAGAUUAAUCGCGGCCCAUUUCAUCCCAAUACAACGACGACGAUCCUAUCCUAUCCUAUCGAGAUCAGGCGAUCAAUCAAUAAUGGGUAUUAAGCCUUAAGCCGGAUUCGGCUUCUAUUUUUAGUCGAUGAACGAAUCCAACAUUUCAAACGAAACAAUUAUUGCCCUUCCUCACUCCAAUCCGCGAUUAACGAGAUUUAGAUUACACGAUUAAUUAUAAAUAUAUAUAUAUAAUAUACACGAAAAGUGAAGUGCGUCGUUUCGGUGCAGUUACAAAACUGAUGAUUUUUUGUUGUUUUUAUUUCGUGCGUUAUUUAUUGUUAAUUCAUAGCAAUUGCCGCAAUCUGAUCUUACAAUUAAUAACUUUUAAAUCUACUUUAA